AUGGCACUCGAUGUUUGCGAUGAUGGGACCAUGGGAUGUGCUUUCUUCGACAGCAUGGACGGCUCCUUGCAGUUGGCAGAAGAUGUCCAUCGAUCGACUGUGGACGUGUCGGAGCAUUUCGCAACCCUUGCCUGCCCGACAUUGUUAUUAGUUUCCAGCAGAGCUCCGCAGGAGUUUCUAGACCACGUUCAAAGGAGCGCUUUUCCUUAUAAGAGCUGUGUCCAAAUAUUAUCGUCGUCAGAGUUUUCUGUCGAGGCAGCGGUAGACAGACUGUCAAGCUGGAGAAAUGAUCAGUUGUCAACUGCCCAACCAAGCUCAAGAGCUCCAGUUGAUGCCAGUGUCCGCCGUGAUCUUCCUAAUGGCGGAGAUGGGAAGAGGGUAGAUCGUUGUAGCAUCAGCCCUGAGGAGGGUGUUGCCAACGCAAGUACUAGAGAACACAAAAAUCCUGUGUCUCUCGGUUGCGCUGGUGCUGUCCUCACCGAGCUUCGUUACAAAUGCAUCUCGAGAAGCAGCCCCUCUUCUGAGCCCAUAUCACAUCAACCCAUCCCUGUAAAGACUUUUGCUUUGGCAAAUUAUGUCGCCCUAGGCUCAGAAACAUUGCAAACCCUGCAAAUCAUUCAGUCUAAGAUUCACCCGAACAGCCAGUAUUGGGGUGGGAGAAUGCAGAGUCAAGAUCAAAAAGAGGGCCUCUCCAUAUAUGGCCUUUUCCAAGGCCACAGCCACACACCUCAAGGCAGAGCUAAGCUUCGCAGGCUUAUAUCACGUCCAGUCUCAAACGUUUCAAUAAUUGAGGACCGCCAGCAGGCUAUCUCUUUAUUCCUUCUGCCGCGGAAUGCAGAUAAAACUCGACGUAUUAUUGGGGCCCUAGGAAAGAUUCGUAAUGCGAAAAUCUAUCUGGAGCAUCUUCAAAAAGGCACUGGGAAUAUCACGAUUCCCAAAUUUGAUCAGGACUCCCUAGUGGCUAUUGGCGAGCUAAUUAGUCACACUGUGGACUUCGAACAAUCCGAAUACCGGGGUCGAACAACUGUGAGGCUGGGCCUUGACCGGAAUCUCGAUGAAUUAAGACGACAUUACGACGGCAUGAAUAGCUUCCUGGCAGAAAUUGUUGUGUCUACUAUUCAGACAGUGCCUCAAUGGGCGGUUUCUUACAUCAGAUCAUGCAUUUUUCUACCGCAGCUUGGGUUCCUCAUUGUUACUGAUGUUGAUCCAAGGACUGGGAAAGGGAAAUACCGAGUGAACUGGCCUAAUGAGGAUCAUUGGGAACUGCUUUUUGUUGCGGACGAUUCAGCUUAUUACAAAAAUGACAAUAUGCAUCACCUUGACGAUCAGUUCGGCGAUGUUUAUUGCAAAAUAGCAGAUAGAGAAGUUGAGAUUCUCCAUGUCCUUUCCCAAGAGGUUUUAAAAUCCAGCGAGUGUCUGUCGGUGGCUUCCGACGCUUGCGGUGAUGUUAACGUCAUUCUCGCCUUGGCCCUAACUGCAGAGAAGUAUAAAUGGAGUGUCCCGAAAUUAACAACUAGAAGUGGCAUUCUCGAAAUUAAAAAGGGGCGACAUCCUUUGCAAGAACUAGUUGUACCAAGCUUUGUUCCCAACGACUGUCAGCUAGGAGGUAGAGGUCACAACGACGACGAUUCGUGUCAAAAUCAGUCCAGGUGCAUGGUUCUUACCGGCCCCAAUCACUCAGGCAAGAGCGUUUUCUUGAAGCAAGUAGGGCUCAUCGUAUAUCUCGCCCAUAUAGGGAGUUUUGUCCCUGCAGAAAUGGCGGUAAUCAGUGUCACUGACCGGAUACUGACCCGUAUAUCAACACUGGAGAGUGUUUGCAAAGAAGAAAGUGCUUUUGCUAUCGACUUAAAACAGUUGCUCAAUGUGAUAGAGCUGUCGACCUCGAAAAGUCUCUUGAUAAUCGACGAGUUUGGGAAGGGGACUAAUUCAGAUGACGGUGCUGGACUCCUUGCAUCUUUCUUGGAGCACUUAUCAUCACUUGCAGUCAGAGCUCCCAGAAGUCUGGUCGCAACACAUAUCCACGAUCUGUUUGGCUGCCACCAGCUGCUUCCGACCAGUGGUUUACAAAUAGCCCACAUGGAUGUACUCAAAGCACAGUGUGGGGAAUUCAAUGGUGACUACAUAACAUACUUAUUCAAGCUUCGUGAUGGAUAUAGCUCGGAUCUCUUCGGAGGUUACUGUGCAACUUUAAACGGAGUUCCCAAUUUAGUCGUUGAACGUGCUAAUGUCCUAUCAAUGCUGCUCAGUCGCAACGAGGACAUCACAGUUCCCUGCGCCAGACUUUCACCGGAAGAAGAGUUAAAGCUGCAUUCUGCUGAGAUCGUUGCGCGGAAAUUUCUAGAGGGCUUUCACACCUUGGUCAGCGAAGAGAAUUGUCUAUUGCAGGAUGCUCGACAUAUGUUGCAAAAUAUACUAUCCACAUAG